CGCGCACCUUCAGCCGGGGCCCCGGGGCCGGUGCGCGAGGCUGUCGGCGCGCGCCCAUAGAGACAGACUGAGGGGGCCUGUCCGGCCAGCACUGGGCCCCAGCGCGUCUCUUCUCCUCUCCCGCUCUUCUGCGCACGCGUGCCUGAGCGAGCAAGCCCUGAGAGGACGGACCCAGGUGUAAUUCCCCUCAGUACGGCAGCACCGUGGAAGUGCAGACUUUAACAGGGGGUGUGGUCUCAGCUCACACAGGUGCUCCAGAGGCUGGUGGACCUGAGCGGAGACUGGGACGCCCUGGUGGGCCCCGGGCCCUGGAAGGUGGGUCCCGGUGGCCGGUGGCCCAGAAUGAGGCCAGCUCCCAGCAUGCCCUGCAGCCGGACGCCAUCCCCUCGGCGUGCAGCAGUGGUGAUAACGACCCAGUCAUUCUUCAGGCAUCCAACAAGGAGCCUGGGAGUGGGACCAUGCAGAGCAGCCCCUCCUCUGCUCAUCCUCAGCUCCCAGUCCUACAUACACAGAUGGUGUCGGACGGCAUGACAGGCAGCAAUCCUGUGUCCCCUGCCUCAUCUAGUUCCCCAGCCUCUAGUGGGGCAGGCGGCAUCUCCCCCCAGCACAUAGCUCAAGAUUCCUCUCUGGAUGGACCUCCAGGCCCCCCAGAUGGUGCCACAGUGCCCUUGGAGGGGCUCAGUUUACCACAGGCUGCUGACCUGGCUAACAGGGGCCCAAAGUGGGAGAAGAGCCAUGCUGAAAUCGCAGAGCAGGCCAAGCAUGAAGCUGAAAUUGAGACUCGGAUUGCUGAGCUGCGGAAAGAGGGUUUCUGGUCACUGAAGAGGUUGCCUAAGGUGCCAGAGCCCCCUCGGCCCAAGGGCCACUGGGACUACCUGUGUGAGGAGAUGCAGUGGCUCUCUGCUGACUUUGCUCAGGAGCGCCGAUGGAAAAGGGGUGUGGCCCGUAAGGUGGUGCGCAUGGUGAUCCGACACCACGAGGAGCAGCGGCAGAAAGAGGAACGGGCUCGGAGGGAAGAACAGGCAAAGUUGCGCCGAAUUGCUUCCACUAUGGCCAAGGAUGUCAGACAGUUCUGGAGUAAUGUGGAAAAGGUGGUGCAAUUCAAGCAACAGUCCCGGCUUGAGGAAAAGCGCAAAAAAGCCUUGGACCUCCACCUGGACUUCAUUGUGGGGCAAACUGAAAAGUACUCAGACCUUCUGUCUCAGAGCCUCAACCAACCACUAGCCUCCAGCAAAGCUGGCUCUUCCCCUUGCCUUGGCUCUUCCUCAGCUGCUUCCAGUCCUCCACCCGCUGCUUCCCGGCUGGAUGAUGAAGAUGGGGACUUCCAGCCCCAAGAGGAGGAGGAGGAAGAUGAUGAGGAAACCAUUGAGGUUGAAGAACAACAGGAAGGCAAUGAUGCAGAGACCCAGAGGCGUGAGAUUGAGCUGCUUCGACGUGAGGGAGAACUGCCCCUGGAAGAGCUGCUCCGUUCUCUCCCCCCUCAACUGUUGGGAGGGCCUUCUAGCCCCUUUCAAACCCCUUCCUCUCAUGAUGGUGACACACGAGAUGGGCCUGAAGAAAGUGUUGAAGAAGAACCUUCUCAGGUGUUGGAGGUGAAGCCCCCACCUUCCUCUGUCACACAGCGCAACAAACAACCUUGGCAUCCAGAUGAAGAUGAUGAAGAGUUUACUGCCAAUGAAGAUGAAGCGGAGGAUGAAGAGGAUACUAUAGCAGCUGAGGAGCAGUUGGAAGGGGAUGUGGAUCAUGCCAUGGAACUGAGCGAGUUGGCUCGAGAAGGUGAGCUAUCUAUGGAGGAACUGUUGCAGCAGUAUGCAGGAGCCUAUGCCUCUGAUGCCUCUGCUGCAGGCUCUGGGAGUAGUGAAGAAGAUGAUGAAGAUGAGGAUGUUGAGGCUAACAGCUCUGAUUGUGAACUAGAGGGUCCCACAGAAGCUGAAGAAGCUCCUCAAGAGGAUAGUAGCAGUCAGUCAGACUCUGCUGAGGAGCAGAGUGAGGAUGAGGAAGAUGAGCAUUCGGAGGAAGAAGAGACAGGUGGGAGUUCAGAAUCAGAGGAAUCUGAAUCUGAUGAGUCUGAAGAUGCUGGAUCACAAAGCCAAACAGAACAAGAAGAGGAGGAAGAUGAUGAUUUUGGGGUUGAGUACUUGCUUGCCCGUGAUGAAGAGCAGAGUGAGGCAGAUGGAGGCAGUGGGCCUCCUACCCCGGGGCCCACUACUACUCUGGGCCCUAAGAAAGAAAUUACUGACAUUGCUGCAGCAGCUGAAAGUCUACAGCCCAAGGGUUACACCUUGGCCACUACCCAGGUAAAGACACCUAUUCCCCUGCUCCUACGGGGCCAACUCCGGGAGUACCAACACAUUGGGCUUGACUGGUUGGUUACUAUGUAUGAGAAGAAGCUUAAUGGCAUUCUUGCAGAUGAGAUGGGACUGGGGAAGACAAUCCAGACCAUCUCCCUGCUUGCCCACUUGGCCUGUGAAAAAGGUAACUGGGGUCCCCACUUAAUCAUUGUUCCUACCAGCGUGAUGUUGAACUGGGAGAUGGAGUUGAAACGUUGGUGCCCCAGCUUUAAAAUCCUUACUUACUAUGGAGCCCAGAAAGAGAGGAAGCUUAAGCGGCAGGGCUGGACCAAGCCCAAUGCCUUCCAUGUGUGUAUCACAUCUUACAAGCUGGUGCUGCAGGACCACCAGGCCUUCCGCCGCAAGAACUGGCGCUAUCUCAUUCUGGAUGAAGCUCAAAAYAUCAAGAACUUCAAGUCCCAACGCUGGCAGUCAUUGCUAAAUUUUAAUAGCCAGAGGCGCCUUCUCCUUACAGGAACUCCCUUGCAGAAUAGUCUCAUGGAGCUGUGGUCCUUGAUGCACUUUUUGAUGCCCCAUGUCUUCCAGUCUCAUCGUGAAUUCAAGGAAUGGUUCUCUAACCCCCUAACUGGCAUGAUUGAGGGCAGCCAAGAGUAUAAUGAAGGAUUAGUCAAACGCCUCCACAAGGUUUUACGACCUUUCUUGCUGCGCCGAGUUAAGGUGGAUGUCGAGAAGCAGAUGCCCAAAAAGUAUGAGCAUGUUAUCCGCUGCCGACUCUCCAAACGUCAGCGCUGUCUUUAUGAUGACUUCAUGGCACAGACCACAACUAAGGAGACACUAGCCACAGGCCAUUUCAUGAGCGUCAUCAACAUUUUGAUGCAGCUGCGAAAAGUCUGCAAUCAUCCAAAUCUAUUUGACCCUCGACCUGUUACCUCUCCCUUCAUCACCCCAGGUAUCUGCUUCAGCACCGCCUCUCUGGUGCUAAGGGCCACUGAUGUCCAUCCGCUCCAGCGGAUAGAUAUGGGUCGGUUUGACCUUAUUGGCCUGGAGGGUCGUGUUUCUCGAUAUGAAGCUGAUACAUUUCUGCCCCGGCACCGCCUCUCUCGCCGAGUACUACUAGAGGUGGCCACUGCUCCUGACCCUCCUCCCCGGCCCAAGCCAGUCAAGAUGAAGGUCAACAGGAUGCUGCAGCCAGUGCCCAAGCAAGAAGGCCGCACGGUGGUGGUGGUGAACAGCCCACGGACGCCCCUUGGCCCUGUCCCAGUCCGACCCCCUCCAGGCCCUGAGUUCUCAGCCCAGCCUCCCCCUGGCCCAACCCCCCCAGUACUGCCAGCACCACUGAUGAUGUCAGCCUCACCUGCUGGACCCCCGCUUGUUCCUGCAUCCCGACCCCCUGGACCUGUUCUUUUGCCUCCCCUGCAGCCAAACAGUGGUCCUCUCCCCCAGGUUUUGCCAUCCCCCUUGGGAGUCCUGAGUGGGACCUCACGGCCUCCCACACCAACCCUGUCCCUGAAGCCGGCCCCACCUGCCCCAGUUCGUCUGAGCCCCGUCCCGCCCCCAGGCUCCUCCAGCCUGUUGAAGCCCCUUACAGUGCCGCCAGGCUAUACCUUCUCUCCUGCUGCUGCAACAACCACCUCUACCACUACGGCGACUGCUACCACCACAUCAGUGCCAGCUCCAAAUCCUGCACCACAGCGCCUGAUCCUGUCUCCUGAUAUGCAGGCCCGUCUGCCCUCAGGUGAAGUUGUCAGCAUUGGGCAGUUGGCUUCACUGGCACAACGUCCAGUGGCAAGUGCUGGGGGAAGCAAACCUCUCACCUUCCAAAUCCAGGGCAACAAGCUCACUUUGACUGGUGCCCAGGUGCGCCAGCUUGCUGUGGGGCAGCCCCGCCCGCUGCAAAGGAAUGUGGUGCACUUGGUGUCAGCAGGGGGGCAGCACCACCUCAUCAGCCAGCCUGCCCAUGUGGCCCUCAUCCAGGCCGUGGCCCCGACCCCUGGCCCCACCCCUGUCUCUGUGCUGCCUUCUUCGACCCCCAGCACCACCCCUGCCCCCACUGGCCUCAGCCUUCCGCUUGCUGCUAACCAGGUGCCACCAUCCAUGGUGAAUAACACAGGCGUGGUGAAGAUCGUAGUGAGACAGGCCCCUAGGGAUGGACUGACUCCUGUUCCACCACUGGCACCAGCACCCAGGCCUGCGAGUUCUGGGCUUCAAGCUGCAUUGACUCCACGCCCCACAUUAAGCCCUGGUCGGCUAUCCACACCUACCCUGGGUACUGCCCGGGCCCCCAUACCUGCGCCCACUCUGGUGAGGCCCCUUCUCAAGCUGGUCCACAGUCCUUCGCCUGAUGUCAGUGCUUCAGCACCCGGAGCUGCUCCCAUGACCAUCUCUUCUUCUCUUCAUGUGCCAUCCUCACUUCCUGGGCCAGCCUCUUCUCCAAUGCCAAUUCCCAACUCCUCUCCCCUAGCUAGUCCUGUGCCCUCUACAGUUUCAGUUCCACUGUCAUCUUCACUCCCCAUCUCUGUUCCUACCACGCUUCCCACCUCAGCGUCAACUCCACUAACCAUCCCCAUUUCAGCCCCCUUGCCUGUUUCGGCUUCAGGCCCAGCUCUCCUGACCAAUGUGACUCCAGCACUGGCACCCGUUGUUUCAGUGUCUCCUGGACCUCCCUCUUUGGCACCAGCUGGGGCUUCCCCAACAGCAUCAGCCUUGACUCUAGGUUUGGCUACAACUCCAGCCCUGUCCCCACCUCAGACACCUGGUCACCCUUUGUUGUUGGCUCCCACCUCUUCACAUGUUCCAGGGUUAAACUCAUCCGUGGCCCCAGCAUGUUCCCCUGUCCUGGUGCCAGCUUCAGCUCUGGCCAAUCCCUUUUCGGCUGCGCCAAAUCCAGCUCCUGCUCAGGCUUCCCUUCUGGCUCCAGCACCUUCUGCAUCUCAGGCUUUAGCCACCACUCUGGCUCCUAUGGUGGCUCCACAGACAGCAAUCCUGGGUCCUCCAGCUUCUUCUCUGGCUCCUCUUCCAGUCCUGGCUCCAUCGCAGACUCCAGUUCCAGUUAUGGCUCCAACACCAACACCAGGAACCCCAUUAGUCUCAUCCUCACUGGUGCCAGCUUCACCUUCUGUGUUGGCUUCAUCAUCAACUCAAACUAUGGUACCAGCCCCCGUUCCAUCACCUCUCUCAAGCCUGGCUUCUACACAGACACUGGCUCUAGCCCCAGCUUUAGCAUCCACUUUGGGUGGCUCGUCUCCAUCUCAGACACACUCUUUAGGAACAGGGAACCUUCAAGGGCCCUUUCCAGCCCAGACAUUAUCAUUGACUCCAGCAUCAUCCCUGGUACCUACUCCAGCCCAGACACUGCCUUUGGCACCAGGAACACCACUGGGUUCAACUCAGACGUUGUCUCUGGCUCCAGCUUCUCCGAUGGGCUUGGCCCCAGCCCACACGCUGACUUUGGCUCCAGCAACAUCAUCUGCUCCACUCCUGGCCCCAGCUUCAGUGCAGACACUGACUUUGAGCCCUGCCCCAGUUCCUUUGCCCACCCUGGGUCCAGCUGCAGCUCAGACCCUGGCGCUGGCCCCAGCCUCAACACAGGCCCCAGCUUCCCAGGCAUCUUCCCUUGUGGUUUCGGCAUCUGGUGCCGCUUCCUUGCCUGUCACCAUGGUAAACCGGCUGCCUGUUCCCAAGGAUGAGCCUGACACACUGACAUUACGCUCUGGUCCCCCCAGUCCUCCCUCCACUGCUACCUCGUUCAGUGGCCCCCGACCUCGACGUCAGCCCCCCCCACCACCUCGUUCCCCUUUCUAUCUGGAGUCUCUGGAGGAAAAGCGGAAGCGGCAGAGGUCUGAACGCCUGGAACGGAUUUUCCAACUUAGUGAGGCUCAUGGGGCCCUGGCACCUGUGUAUGGGACUGAAGUCCUGGAUUUCUGUACCCUGCCCCAACCUGUUGCCAGCCCCAUCGGCCCUCGUUCUCCUGGCCCCAGCCACCCCACCUUUUGGACUUAUACCGAGGCUGCCCACCGGGCUGUACUGUUUCCCCAGCAGCGACUAGACCAGCUGUCAGAAAUCAUUGAGAGGUUCAUCUUUGUCAUGCCUCCUGUGGAGGCACCUCCCCCUUCCCUGCAUGCCUGCCACCCACCUCCUUGGCUGGCUCCUCGGCAGGCAGCCUUCCAGGAGCAAUUGGCCUGUGAGCUCUGGCCCCGGGCUCGUCCUUUGCACCGCAUUGUAUGUAACAUGCGCACCCAGUUCCCUGACUUGAGACUCAUCCAGUAUGAUUGCGGAAAGUUGCAAACCUUGGCAGCACUGUUGCGGCAGCUCAAGGCAGAGGGCCACCGGGUACUCAUCUUCACCCAGAUGACCCGAAUGCUGGAUGUUUUAGAGCAGUUUCUCACCUACCAUGGCCACCUCUACUUGCGUCUGGAUGGGUCUACUAGAGUUGAACAGAGACAGGCCUUGAUGGAACGGUUCAAUGCAGACAAACGCAUAUUCUGCUUCAUCCUUUCGACUCGAAGUGGGGGUGUGGGCGUGAACCUGACAGGAGCAGACACUGUUGUUUUUUAUGACAGCGACUGGAAUCCCACCAUGGAUGCUCAGGCCCAGGAUCGUUGUCAUCGGAUUGGCCAGACUCGAGAUGUCCACAUCUAUAGACUUAUCAGUGAACGGACAGUAGAAGAAAACAUCCUAAAAAAGGCAAAUCAGAAGAGAAUGUUGGGAGACAUGGCCAUUGAGGGAGGCAACUUCACAACAGCCUAUUUUAAACAGCAGACCAUCCGAGAGCUGUUUGAUAUGCCUCUAGAGGAGCCAUCUGGCUCAUCUGUAUCCUCUGCCCCCGAGGAGGAAGAGGAGACUGUGGCCAGCAAGCAAACCCAUAUUCUGGAGCAGGCAUUGUGUCGGGCUGAGGAUGAAGAGGAUAUCCGUGCUGCCACCCAGGCCAAGGCUGAACAAGUGGCUGAACUUGCAGAAUUUAAUGAGAAUGAUGGUUUUCUUGCUGGUGAGGGAGAGGAGGCUGGUCGGCCUGGGGCUGAGGAUGAGGAGAUGUCCAGGGCUGAGCAGGAGAUUGCUGCCCUUGUAGAACAGCUGACCCCCAUUGAGCGUUAUGCCAUGAAAUUUCUGGAGGCCUCGCUUGAGGAAGUGAGCCGAGAGGAGCUUAAGCAGGCAGAAGAACAAGUGGAAGCUGCCCGCAAAGACCUGGACCAAGCCAAGGAAGAGGUGUUUCGCUUACCCCAAGAAGAGGAGGAGGGGCCAGGGGCUGGGGAUGAGAUUUCCUGUGGGACUGGUGGAGGCAGCCACCGGCGCAGUAAGAAGGUCAAGGCCCCUGAGAGGCCAGGGACUCGUGUCAGUGAGCGUCUUCGAGGAGCUCGGGCUGAAACUCAAGGGGCAAACCACACUCCUGUCACAUCCACCCAUCAUACCCGCAAUACCUCCACACCCCCCCGCUGCAGCCCUGCCAGGGAGCGAGUUCCCAGGCCAGCACCUAGGCCUCGACCUGCUCCAGCUUCAGCUCCUGCUGCAAUUCCUGCCCCAGUCCCUGCCCCAGUCCCUGCCCCAGUCCCUGCCCCAGUCCCUGUCCCAGUCCCUGUCCCAGUCCCUGUCCCAGUCCCCGUCCCAGUCCCCAUUUCAGCCCCUAAUCCAAUAGCCAUUCUUCCUGUCCAUAUCAUGCCUUCUCCCCCAACUCCUCCACAGAUUCCUCCCUCUUGUUCCCCUGCCUGUACCCCUCCUCCUGCUUGCACCUCUCCUCCACCUCAUACCCCACCACCCACCCAAACCUCUCUUUUAACUCCUUCCUCUCCUCUCCUGCUUGGUUCACCUUCUGUGCCCAUCUCUUCCCCGGUCACCAACCUUUCUUUGGGCUUGGGGCCUGAGGCAGAACUCCGUGUACAAGCAUUAGCAUCUAUGGAGUCCCUGGAGCUGGCUGGCAUGACCAGUUCUGAGACCUCCCCGCUUCCUCUUGUACCCCCUAAGGAUCUGUUGCCAGUUUCUGUUGAGAUCAUGCCCGUAUCUGAGAAGAACCUUCCUCUCAUCCCUUCUGCACCUAGCCCAACCUUGGAGGCUGACGGCAUCCCCAAUGGUCAAGAGCAGGGGGUACCAUCGUCUGCUGAGGGGACCAUCCUUACAGUGCUGCCUGAUGGUGAGGAGUUGCCCUCGGGUCUGAGAGAGAGCAAUGGGCUGGAGCUCCCACCUACAGCAACAUCUGAUGAGCCACUUCAGGAGCCAUUGGAGGCUGACAGGAACUUGGAAGAACUGGUAGAAGAAGUUCAGACCCCAACCUCAAGCCCAGAGAAGCCACAAGAACUUGCUGCACCUGAGAUCACAGCCCCAUCAACCUCAUCUUCAGCCACCUCCUCUCCUGAGGGUCCUUCACCUGCCCGGCCCCCUCGUCGUCGCACCAGUGCUGAUGUAGAAAUUAGGGGUCAGGGGGCCGGUCGUUCAGGGCAACCUCCAGGCCCCAAAGUGCUUCGCAAGCUGCCAGGACGGCUAAUAACUGUGGUGGAAGAAAAGGAACUUGUGAGGCGAAGGCGACAGCAGCGGGGAACUGCCAGCACCCUAAUACCUGGGGUCUCUGAGACUAGUGCCAGCCCAGGAAGCCCAUCUACCCGCAGCUUGUCAGGGCCAGAAUCCUCACCUCCCACCAGUGGGCCCUGUGAAGCUGCUCCCUCAUCGUCACUGCCUACGCCAACCCAGCCACCCUUCAUAGCUCGUCGUCACAUUGAGCUGGGAAUGACUGGUGGGGGCAGCCCAGAGAAUGGAGAAGGGGCACUGCUUGCUAUCACUCCACCUGCUGUGAAACGUCGGAGGGGAAGGCCCCCCAAGAAGAACAGGUCUCCAGCAGAUCCUGGGAGAGGGGUGGAGGAGGCACCCUCAUCCACCUCUAAGGGAACAACCAAUGGGGCUGACCCAGUUCCUGGAGCUGAGACCCUAAUUGUUGCGGAGCCUGUCUUGGAGCCUCAGCUUAUUCCUGGGCCCCAGCCUCUUGGACCCCCACCAAUUCACAGACCAGAGCCCAUCAUCCUGUCACCUGUGGAGAAAAGAAGGCGUGGGCGGCCCCCUAAGGCACGGGAUUUGCCCAUCCCUGGGACUAUGUCCUCUCCAGGGGAUGGCAAUUUAGAGAGCCGGACACAGCCACUCCCACUACCACCACCAUUGCCACCACCCCUACCACUUUUAUCCUGUCCCACUGCUACUGUCGCCAACACUGUCACCACCGUCACCAUUUCAACAUCCCCACCCAAGCGAAAGCGGGGCCGACCUCCCAAGAAUCCACCAUCACCUCGGCCCAGCCAGCUUCCUGUUUUGGACCGUGACAGCUCUUCGGUCCUUGAGAGCUGUGGAUUAGGGAGGCGUCGGCAAGCCCAGGGCCUCGGGGAGAGUGAGGGUAGUUCUUCUGAUGAGGAUGGAAGCCGCCCCCUUACCCGCCUGGCCCGCCUGCGGCUGGAAGCUGAGGGAACCCGGGGACGGAAAAGUGAAGGGUCCAUGGUGGUGGCUGUAAUUCAGGAUGACCUGGAUUUAGUAGAUAGUGGGCCAGGCGGAUUAGAAUUGACACCUCCUGUGGUUUCAUUAGCCCCAAAACUGCGCUCAACCCGGCUACGUCCAGGGUCUCUAGUUCCCCCACUAGAGACUGAGAAGGUGCCUCGCAAACGGGCGGGGGCCCCAGUUGGUGGGGGUCCUGGGCUGGCAAAGCGGAGCCGUCUACAGCCUCCAAGUCCCCUGGGGCCUGAGGGUUCAGUAGAGGAGUCUGAGGCUGAAGCCUCAGGUGAGGAGGAAGAAGGGGAUGGGACCCCACGGCGCCGGCCUGGCCCCCGCAGGCUUGUUGGAACCACCAACCAAGGGGACCAGCGCAUCCUGCGCAGCAGUGCCCCUCCCCACCUGUCUGGCCCUACCAUUAGUCACAGAGGCCGAAAGGCCAAGACGUGAGUGGGCUGCCCCUCCACCUAGGCUUUCCACCAUGGCUGCUCUCCCUCCAUGACCAGGCCUGACUCUGUUAACCACUACUUGAAGUCUUUUGAGGGGGAAAGCCUCCAGGGAGAUGUAAGGGCCUUCUCCCUUCUUUCCACCAAAGUAGGGGGUAGGCAACUGGUUGUCAUGGAAUUGGGGCUCAUCACAAUCCCCCUUCCCUUCCACCCCACAUGGCUGGGCAGUGUUAAGGGUGGCAAGAUAGUCUGUCCCCACCCCCUUGUACUUGAUUCCCCAGCUAUCUUCACAGCCCCACACCCUUAGGGGAAGGGGGAUGGGGCUUCUCUACAAUGAGUUUUUUUUUCUUUUUUCUUUUUUUUUUUUUUAAGAAGAAAAAAAAUAAUAAACUUAGUUUCUGUACGAGCAUCCGCGUAAGGAGGCUUCUGAUUUUCUGGUCUGGUGGAGGGUUGGGUGGGAACUUGGGCAUCAUUUUUUCUACUCUUGCUCUUGGGAAGACCCUCAUAUUUAACUGAUCUCUAAACCAGGAUUGUAUACCUUUGAGGCAGAAAACACCCUCAGGAGGAGGAAAGAUAAGCAAAUCUGAUUUGGCAGGGUGUGUUUCCAAAAAAUAUCUCAGUUUAAGUCACUCAGACACACUUCCUCUCUCCUCUCCCUUCUGUCCCCUUGGCUCUUGGCCUUUCCCUCAGCUUUCUCCAAUGCCUUACCUUUUCCCUUCUUUUAACCCUCUUGCUUAGGUGCUUCCUU